GAGGCUCUAGUUACCCGUAACCUCCUCGUUUUUAUUCAGCCCUUCAAGAAUCCCUUCCUGCGAAGUUCUGAUUCAUGGAGGACGUGAAGGGCAAGAUGAAGGGCCUAAUUAAGAAGGUUAACAAUCCCUUCUCCUCUUCCUCCUCCGCUUUCAAAGGCCAAGGCCGUGUCCUCGGAUCUGCUACCUCCUCUUCUUCGUCUUCCUCCUCUCCUUCCAAUUCCACCUGUUCCCGUUCAAUCCCUCCUCCCCGACCUUCCAUUACCGCAAAUAGGAGUCCGCCUGGCUUUGAUCCCUACGAGCCCCUCGUUGCUUCUGGCAAGAGAUCCACAUCCGCUGCCACCACUGUUGAAUGCCCUAUCUGCUCCUCCUCCUUCCCUUCCGAAGAAUCUGUCUCCGCCCACUUGGACUCUUGUAUCGGUCCUUCCGCCGACGCCGGAUCUGAUGGCGGUGUCGCCAAAUGCGUCAGCGCCUUUUUAUCGGGGGAACCGGCUGAAGGAUCGGCGGAGACCGCGAUUAAGCUGCUGGGAAAUGUGUUUCGAGAACCGAGUAACGAGAAGUUUCGGAAGAUCAGGAUGGGGAAUCCGAGGAUUAAAGAAGCGAUCGGGGAAGUGAUUGGUGGGGUAGAGUUACUGGAGUGUGUGGGGUUUAGGAUCCGGGAGGAGGAUGGGGAGAAAUGGGCGACGAUGGGAGAACUGACGCCGGAGAGCAUUGCGGUGAUUGAGGAAGCGAUUUUGUUGAUGGAGCGAUGGACGAGGAAGGAUGCUUCGGCAGCUGUAAAUGGAACUGUGGAAAGAUUGGAUGCGGAGAAGGAGAAGAAACCAAAGACAAUCGACCGUAAGAUUCGAGUCUUCUUUGCUGUCCCAGAAAGUGUGGCAGCUAAAAUUGAUUUGCCUGAUUCUUUCUAUAAUCUAUCUAUUGAAGAGUUAAAAAGAGAAUCUGAAGCGAGGAAAAAAAAAAUUGCAGACUCUCAGUUAUUGAUUCCCAGAUCAUAUAAGGAGAAACAAGCCAUGGCUGCUAGGAAGAAGUAUAAGUUGACUGUCAUUCGGAUCCAAUUCCCUGAUGGAGUGGUGCUUCAAGGUUUAUUUUUACCUUGGGAACGAACUAAUGUCCUAUAUGAGUUUGUGAGAUCCGCUCUGAAAGAUCCCAGCUUGGAAUUUGAGCUUCUAAGCCCGGCAAUGUCCAGGGUUCAUCUGAUCCCUCGGUCGCCAGGACCGGACGGAAGUACACCAACCCUAGAAGAAGAAGACCUGGUUCCCUCUAUUCUAAUCAAAUUCAAGCCCAUUGAGACAGAUUCAAUUGUUUUCACUGGCCUUGCCAAUAAAUUUCUUGAGCUCAUUGAACCCCUCACAACUGCAACUACUGUUCUGUAGCUUAAUUAUUUGGCUGAAAUUGUCACAAAUUAUGUAGAACUUUGACAUAUUGUAUCAUAAGUUUUAAACUUUAUAAUUUUUUGAUACAGUUUUUUUAUCAUAAAUUUAUAUGUAAAUGAAGGGCUGUUGCAUUUUUUC